CUGUUAGUUGAUGUUUAUGUUUAAAAUUGAUAGCAAAUGAAAACUUACAAAAUAACGGAAAAAUCCGGCGAAGGGGCUCAUGGAUACGUAUACCGAGGAUUAGAAAUAGGAACCAACAAAGUGGUGGCAUUGAAAAAAAUAUUCGUAAAUAUUGAAGCGGGGAUUCCAAAAAACACACUAAGAGAAAUAUGCUCUUUAAGGGUUUUGAAGGCUAGAAAUAUUGUCAGAUUGUUUGAUGUCACAAGCAUGGGUAGUUCUGUAGUUCUAGUCAUGGAAUAUUUGCCUUGCAAUUUGCAAGAGGUUUUGAAGAAAACGGAUCUAAAUUUAUCCCAGAUAAAAACCUAUUCAAAAAUGCUGCUGAAAGGAGUUGAAUUCAUGCACAAAAAUCAUAUCAUGCACAGGGAUAUUAAACCAGCCAAUCUUAUGAUAUCACCCAAAAAAGUUCUAAAAAUUGCUGACUUUGGAUUGGCCAGAAUUUACAAUGAGCUAGACUCAGCAAGACAAUACUCUCAUCAAGUUGCUACCAGAUGGUAUAGAGCUCCAGAGUUACUUUAUGGGGCUAGAAAUUAUACUCCGUCUGUAGAUAUUUGGUCUGUAGGAUGUAUUAUUGCAGAAAUGAUAAAUAAUGCUCCUUUAUUUCCGGGUGAAACCGAUAUUGAACAACUAGCUAUUGUGUUAAGCACUUUGGGCUCGCCUACUGAUGAAAAUUGGCCCGAUUUGAAAGAACUACCAGAUUACAAUAAAAUUUCAUUUGUAUCCAGUCCUAGUAAACCAUGGAUGCUUAUUUUACCUAGUGCUGAUGCAUCUACAAUGGAUUUGCUUAGAAAAAUUAUUAUUUAUAACAGCAAAAAAAGAUUGUCUGCCAAACAAUGUCUCGCACACCACUUUUUUGUGACUGGUCCAAUACCUGCCAAAUCAGAUUCGAUGCCUGAUCCAAACGAUUAUAAAUCAGACUCAACAGAAUUUGAUCCUAAGGAUUUUGAUGAAAUUAUAGAGCAAAUUAAUAAAAUUUAAAUUUA